UACAUUCAUUAUAUCCAUGUUUAGGGUAAGUAUUUUCGGACAGAGGGAGAGGUCUAGUCUUAUCGGUGUCGUACGUGUGGGUGGAGAGGGGAUGGAUCUUAGAUGAGCUUGACUAUGACGAUACGUCGGGUCAUCGCCGACACGGUGCAGAGAGGGAGCGACGGACCAAGACAAUGGCGCGGAGCCAUUUCCGCGUUGCUUCGCGCUCGCGCGUGCGUGUGCUACCAUUUCCCGUCUCUUCUACUACUAGUAGCUGGGCCGGAGAAGGUAGCAGUCGCAGUACACUACGUACAGUCAGUGAGUCGUCAUGGCGUUGGCGGUCAUUGGUGAUGCGGCCGCGGUGACACAGCUCAUCGGGCAGGCGACCGGGCUCAUCGCCAAGAUCAUUCGGGCGGUGGAGACGGCUCGCCAGAACAGGGUGGAGUGCGACCACCUCGUCUGCCGCGUGUCCUCGGUCCACGGGGUGGUGUAUAACCUGCCGCCGUACCAGGAGAUGGCGCCGCCGCUCAAGGUGGUGAACCACACGCUUGAGGAGGCACACCGCAUGGUCAUCGCCUGCCGGAACCGGGGCGCCGCCAGCCAGUUCUUCGGGUCCCGCCGCAUCGCCGAUUGCUUCAGCCAAAUCAAUCUGCGGAUUGCGGCCGACGUCGUCAUCCUCAACCUCAGCCUAUGCAGCUGCAUGGCCCGGCGACACUCCAACCAAGUCCUUCAUCCCGUUCCCAAUGACAUCGGGGUGCCCACCUCGACAAUAGCCAUGGCGCCAGGCUUCAGCUCUGGCUCCCUGCAAACUCAGAUGGUGGUGUCGCAGUCGCCGUCGCAGGUAAGUUCGGUCUCGUUCGAUAACCCCAGGGCGCUCACGGGGUCGGAGAUUGCAGCGGCGACCAGCUUUGCCGUCGAGCUCGGCCGCGGCAGCUCGGGGAGGGUAUACAUGGGACGUCUCCAGUUCCAACACCACGGCACGGUGACGGUGGCGGAGGUGGCCGUGAAGGUGCUGGAAAAGCACGGCCGGCAUGGCGUGGAGGACGCGUUCGUGGCGGAGAGCAACAUCCUUUCCGGCCUCCGGCACGACCACAUCGUGCGCCUCGUCGGCUGGUGCGCGGAGCAGGAGUACCGCAUGCUGGUCUACGAGCAUAUGGGCAAAGGCACGCUUAGGGACCAGCUGCAGCAAUUGGGCGGCUGCUCAUCGGCGUCGCCGGUGACGAGGUCCUGGGACUGGGAGACCCGCGUGGAGAUGCUGCUGGCCGUGGCACGGGCCAUCCACUACAUGCACCGCGGCGCGGAUCCGGUGGUCAUCCAUCGCAACGUCAGCUCGUCCAACAUCCUCCUGGACGCCAACUGGACGCUGCGCCUGUCCGGCUUCGGCUCAGCGGUGUUCCAAGCGGCGGGUGAGGACGAGGAGCACGGCGCCGGCGGCCAGCUCGUGGAGGAGGUCGUCGGCACGCGCGGGUACAUCGACCCGGAGUACAACCUCACGAACCGCGUGAACCCGGCCAGCGAUGUGUACAGCUUCGGGGUGGUGAUGCUGGAGGCGCUGACGGGGAGGCCGCCGGACGUCUACGGGGUGACCCUCGGCCUCCUCGUGGACUCGGCGCUCCCGAUCAUACGCAUGGGAAACCUGCGGGAGGUGCUGGAUGGCCGCCCGUCGCCGCAGCCAACGCGGCGUCAGCUGGAUGCGCUGGAUCUCGUGGCGCACACGGCGAGCCACUGCCUGUGGCCGGGCCGGCAGAACCGGCUGCCCAUCUCUCACGUCGUGGCCAACCUGCAGACGGCGCUCCAGAUGAUUCGCAGCAAUGAGCCAGUGUCUUGGGCACGCAUCGAUUGACUCAAAAUUAAAGUAGCGAGCCUACAUCACGCAGCUAGCGUGAUAAGCUCUUCCAAACCAAUCAAAAAAAGUAGCGAGUCUACAAAAAUGGCUCCAUAUAUAUAUAUAUUUUUUCCUAAAUCUCAAUUUGAUAAGCAAGCGACUACACGUUAGAUAAACCCUAAUCUAUCCUCUUGUACAAUGCUUUUUGUUGAAUAAUCCAUCAUAUAAAGCUUCUUG